CCAUUCUUCUCUCUUCUUUUCAGAAACAACAGAGUACUGAAAAUGUUAAAGGCUGUGCUGAAGAAGAGCCGAGAGGGAGGGAAGGGAAGCAAGAAGGAAACAGGAGGUGACUUUGGUUCGGAGACUUCUCCAGUCCUGCCCCCCGGCCAUGGUGAUGACUCUCCCCUAAGCAGUCUUCCGAUAGCAGAGGACACCUACAGGGUGAGCUUGACCAAAGGUGUCUCAAUGUCUCUGCCUUCGUCACCCUUGCUGCCUCGACAGUCUCACUUGGUGCAAUCAAGAUCAAACAAAAAAUCCCCAGGUCCCGUCAGGAAGCCCAAGUAUGUGGAAAGCCCCAGAGUGCCUGGAGAUGCGGUUAUAAUCCCGUUCAGAGAGGCACCCCUGCCCGCUGAGCCCAGUGAGAAUGCAAAGGCCGAUAAUGAACCGAGCUGUUCGCCGGCAGCUCAAGAACUGUUGACAAGGCUGGGAUUUUUACUGGGAGAAGGGAUCCCAAGUGCCACACACAUAACCAUUGAAGACAAAAAUGAAACCAUGUGCACAGCUCUGAGCCAAGGCAUCAGUCCUUGCUCCACACUAACAAGCAGCACCGCAUCUCCUAGCACCGAUAGCCCCUGCUCAACCUUGAAUAGCUGUGUCAGCAAGACGGCAGCCAACAAAAGUCCCUGUGAGACCAUUAGCAGCCCUAGUUCCACCCUGGAAAGCAAGGACAGUGGAAUUAUAGCCACAAUUACAAGUUCAUCGGAAAAUGAUGACCGGAGUGGCUCCAGUUUGGAAUGGAAUAAAGACGGAAGCCUAAGGUUAGGGGUUCAGAAGGGAGUGCUUCAUGAUCGCAGGGCAGAUAACUGCUCCCCGGUGGCAGAAGAGGAGACCACUGGGCCAGUGGAGAGUGUGCUGCCCAAAGCGGAAUCCUCAGCUGGAGAUGGUCCCAUUCCUUAUUCUCAGAGCUCCAGCUCGCUAAUAAUGCCACGGCCCAACUCAGUUGCAGCAACAAGCUCAACCAAAUUGGAAGACCUGAGUUACUUAGAUGGGCAGAGGAAUGCUCCUCUUCGAACGUCGAUUAGAUUGCCGUGGCAUAAUACGGCCGGAGCACGAUUUGCUCCCUACAAGCCACAAGACAUUUUGUUGAAGCCCCUGUUGUUUGAAGUGCCGAGCAUCACAACAGACUCUGUGUUCGUGGGGAGGGACUGGCUUUUUCACCAGAUAGAAGCCAAUUUGAGGAACACAGAGCUGGCAGAAAAUAGAGGAGCAGUCGUCGUUGGAAAUGUGGGGUUUGGGAAGACAGCAAUCAUCUCUAAGCUGGUGGCACUGAGCUGCCAUGGGAGCCGUAUGAGGCAGAUUGCGUCCAACAGCCCCAGCUCAUCACCUAAAACUUCAGAUUCUGCCCAGGACCUUCCUUUCACUCCACUGCUUUCACCGAGUUCCUCCACAAGUGGCCUCAACACAGCUAAAACACCGGCUGGGGCUGGGGCUCCUGAAAACCAGAGGCCGAGAGAGGAUGCAGUGAAAUACCUUGCUUCUAAGGUGGUGGCCUACCACUACUGCCAGGCCGACAACACCUACACGUGUCUGGUGCCUGAGUUCGUGCACAGCAUCGCGGCCUUGCUCUGCCGAUCCCAUCAGCUGGCCGCCUACAGAGAACUUCUGAUAAAGGAGCCCCAGCUGCAGAGCAUGCUGAGCCUCCGCUCCUGUGUGCAGGACCCAGUGGCGGCUUUCAGGAGGGGAGUGCUGGAGCCACUCACAGCUCUGAGAAAUGAACAGAAAAUUCCUGAAGAAGAAUACAUUAUUUUGAUAGAUGGCUUAAAUGAAGCUGAGUUUCAUAAACCUGAUUAUGGAGAUACGCUUUCUUCAUUUAUUACCAAAAUUAUUUCUAAAUUUCCUGCCUGGUUGAAGUUGAUUGUGACUGUAAGAGCAAAUUUUCAGGAGAUCAUAAGCGCACUGCCAUUUGUCAAGCUUUCCUUAGAUGACUUCCCAGACAACAAAGACAUCCACAGCGACCUGCAUGCCUACGUCCAGCACAGGGUCCACAGCAGCCAGGACAUCCUCAGCAACAUCUCCCUGAACGGCAAGGCCGAUGCCGCCCUCAUCGGGAAAGUGAGCAGCCACCUGGUGCUGCGGAGCCUUGGCUCCUACCUGUACCUCAAACUCACCCUGGACCUCUUCCAGCGGGGACACUUGGUCAUUAAGAGUGCCAGCUACAAGGUGGUGCCCGUGUCUCUGUCUGAACUCUAUUUGCUGCAGUGCAACAUGAAGUUCAUGACUCAGUCGGCCUUUGAGAGAGCGCUCCCCAUCCUAAACGUGGCCCUCGCGUCCCUCCACCCCAUGACGGAUGAGCAGAUCUUCCAGGCGAUUAAUGCUGGCCACGUCCAAGGGGAGCAGGGAUGGGAGGACUUCCAGCAGAGGAUGGAUGCCCUCUCCUGCUUCCUCAUUAAGAGGCGAGACAAAACCCGCAUGUUUUGCCACCCAUCCUUCAGGGAGUGGCUCGUCUGGAGAGCAGAUGGCGAGAACACAGCCUUCCUGUGUGAGCCCAGGAAUGGACACGCACUCUUGGCAUUCAUGUUCUCCCGACAGGAGGGCAAGCUGAACCGCCAGCAGACCAUGGAGCUUGGCCACCACAUCCUGAAGGCACACAUUUUCAAGGGCCUCAGUAAGAAGACAGGAAUCUCUUCAAGCCACCUCCAAGCUCUGUGGAUUGGCUACAGCACAGAGGGCCUGUCUGCUGCCCUGGCCUCUCUCAGGAAUCUCUAUACUCCCAAUGUGAAGGUGAGCCGUCUUCUGAUUUUGGGAGGGGCCAACGUGAACUACAGGACAGAAGUGUUAAAUAAUGCCCCAAUCCUGUGCGUCCAGUCACACCUGGGCCAUGAGGAGGUUGUCACUCUGCUCCUGGAAUUCGGCGCCUGCCUGGACGGAACAUCAGAGAACGGCAUGACAGCCCUCUGCUAUGCGGCAGCAGCUGGCCACAUGAAGCUGGUGUGUCUGCUAACCAAGAAGGGGGCAAAGGUGGAUCACUUGGAUAAGAAAGGCCAGUGUGCACUCGUCCACAGCGCACUGCGGGGCCAUGGUGACAUUCUCCAGUACCUUUUGACCUGCGACUGGUCGGCAGGACCUCCCUCAGCAGGCACUCUGAGGAAGAGCCAAGCCCUGCAGCAGGCGCUGACAGCGGCCGCCAGCAUGGGCCACAGCUCGGUGGUCCAGUGCUUGCUGGGAAUGGAAAAGGAACAUGAAGUAGAAGUCAAUGGCGCAGACACGCUGUGGGGAGAAACAGCCCUGACUGCCGCCGCGGGAAGAGGGAAGCUGGAGGUGUGCGAGCUGCUGCUGGAGCAUGGAGCUGCUGUGUCCCGGACGAACAGGAGGGGCGUCCCACCCUUGUUCUGUGCAGCACGCCAGGGACAUUGGCAGAUUGUUAGGCUGCUGUUGGAACACGGCUGUGAUGUGAACCUGAGUGACAAGCAGGGCCGGACACCCCUCAUGGUGGCUGCUUGUGAAGGACAUUUGAACACUGUGGAGUUCCUCCUCUCAAAAGGUGCUGCCCUUUCUGCUCUGGACAAAGAGGGCUUGUCAGCCCUAAGCUGGGCUUGUCUGAAAGGUCACAGAGCAGUGGUCCAGUAUCUGGUUGAGGAAGGAGCUGCGAUAGACCAGACAGACAAGAACGGCCGCACCCCGCUGGACCUGGCUGCUUUCUACGGUGAUGCCGAGACUGUGCUGUAUCUGGUGGAGAAAGGAGCGGUGAUCGAGCAUGUGGACCACAGCGGCAUGCGCCCCUUGGACAGAGCCAUUGGUUGUCGAAACACAUCUGUAGUGGUUGCACUUCUCCGAAAAGGAGCCAAGUUAGGAAAUGCUGCUUGGGCGAUGGCCACUUCCAAACCUGAUAUUUUGAUUAUACUGUUACAGAAAUUAGUGGAGGAAGGAAAUGUGAUGUACAAGAAAGGGAAGAUGAAAGAGGCAGCCCAGAGGUACCAGUACGCCUUACGGAAGUUUCCUCGGGAAGGAUUUGGAGAGGACAUGAGACCUUUCAAUGAACUAAGAGUUUCCCUCUAUCUCAACUUGUCUCGAUGUCGAAGAAAAACAAACGACUUUGGCCUGGCAGAAGAAUUUGCUUCCAAGGCCCUGGAAUUGAAACCCAAGUCCUAUGAAGCCUUCUAUGCCAGGGCAAGAGCGAAGAGGAAUAGCAGGCAGUUCGCGGCGGCCCUGGCUGACUUGCAGGAGGCGGUGACGCUCUGCCCCACCAACCAGGAAAUCAAGAGGCUGCUGGCCCGCGUGGAGGAGGAGUGCAAGCAGCUGCAGCGGAGCCAGCAGCAGAGGCAGCAGGGCCCGCCGCCCUCCGCCAAUGACUCGGACAACGAGGAGGACGCCCCGACCCCGGGGUUAGACGACCACUUCCACCUCGAGGAGGCGGAAGAGGAAGAGACUUCUCCGCUGGAAGAGCCCAUUUCCCCGCCUCCCAGGUGCCACCCCGCGUCGGCUGCCCAGUCCCCUUACAUCCGAAGUCUCCAAGAGGGGCUACAGCCCAAAGGCAGGCCGGCGUCGCCGCAGGGCCGCGCGGGAAAGCAGGCCCCCGCGGGAGGCCGUGGCCCGGCCGGGUGUGGUCCUGCAGCCCACCAGGCAGGCCCAGAUCGUGAAAACCAGCCAGCACCUGGGCUCGGGCUCAGGCCCAGGCCCAGGCCCGGGCCCGGCGGGUGGGAGAAACGGUAGCAUAAAAAGUCAGGUCCCUUCUCAGAACCCUCCACCGAGCCCCAUGCCAGGAAGAGUCCCCACGGCACCUGCGGGGAGCAGAAACCAUCACGUGGAGGGUGCUGGUACCUUCUCCGGGGCCCCCGGCUGUGGCCAUUUUGGGGACCGGCUGGGCCCCAGCCAGAGCGUCCAGCUGCAGCGCAGUGAGAGCGGGUCUGCGUUUCCCUUGCCCAGCAAGAUAAAAACUGCAGAGCGGCUCGGCAGCCGGCUUCCCUCGCCAGCUCAGGCUCCUCUGGGUCCCCGUGUAGCAGCAUAAAGAUGUCAAGUUCCACCAGUAGCUUGACUUCAAGCAGCAGUUUUUCAGACGGCUUCAAGGUCCAGGCUCCCGAUGCUCGAGGUAAAGACAGGGCCGUGAGCCAGGUGCAGGGCGGGACCGCCGAGCACAGGCUGCGCACCACCCCCUUCAUGGGCAUCAUGGACAAGACGGCCCGGUUCCAGCAGCAGGGCAACCCUCCGGCCCGCAGCUGGCACUGCCCGGCGGCAGAGGGGCUCCUGACGAACACGCCGGCAGCCAGCCUGCAGCCCUCCCACGCUGAGAAGCCGGCUCUCAAACCAGGAGGAGGAUUUGGUAGCCAAACCAAAACCGGCUCUGGCUCAACCCUGAGUGCAGGUGUCCACAAUGGGGCCCAGGGGAAGGAGCUCCAAGAAAACAAGUGCCAAAUUCCAGUCCACUGUCAGGACAGCAGGGUGACAAAGACUGUUUCUCAUCUGUACCAGGAAAGUGUCACUAAGCAGCAGCCUCAUAUCAAUAACGAAGCCCACAGGAGCCACCUCACUUCAGCAAAACCAAAGCGCUCCUUCAUAGAGUCAAACGUGUGAGCCUUCAGAGACCCGUUCUUGGAAUUUGGAAAUGUGUUGGCUCCUGGUGCGAACAGCCCAUGGUUUUUUCCAUCAGAAAAAUGAUUUUUCAUCCUUAUUAUUUUUUUCUCUGGGAUAGAUAUGAUGCCAACAGUACAUUAAACACAUGGGAUAAAACUUAUUUAAUACAUAGCUAGAAGUCAUCAUAAAUAAGAAUGCUAACCAGAAUUGAAAACUGUUAAUUAGCUAUACCUACCCAGUUAAAAAUUUGAGAGCCAAGGUGAUAUGAAUUCAUGCUUUUCUCAUCUUUUUUCCUUUUUAUCACUUUUAGCCUUUGCUAUGUGAUAAAAUCACAGUAUUUACUCAAAGAAUAAAAAUGUCUAUUGUUAAAGAA